AUGGAUCCCCAAAAUAUCAAUCUCAGACCUGGCGGUCCAACGGAUAUGCAGAUAUUGCCUGGUUCUAGCCAGCCACCUCACGGCCAAGGAGCUGGAGGCAAUUCCGACCGCACGGUGCCGAACCCACUUUGUCGAGGCCCGUCAUGUACCCCAAUCAACUUGGAAGAGAGUCAAAAUCGGAUUCUACAACGUUUAGGGGCUUGGCUGAACGAAACAAUUAGCACACAUGCGAAGAAUGUACCUACAAACAACGAGCCCGUCUUCAUCCAGGCUGUAGACCGUGGGACUCUUAAUCUCAGUGUGUGCAGAGGGCCUUUCUGGCCCUAUCCGAAAUUCUCUGAAGAGGAGUUUAUUGAGCUGUCUGACGCUGGUGACCAAGAUUCGAAGAACCUUGAAGCUACGCUGCAAGUUCUCCCAUCCGCUUGGCCCCAGUCGAUGAAACACGCCGACACACUCCAAGACUAUCAUUUCGCACCCAAGAUCACUCAUCUGGAGUGGUCGCGUCAUAGCACGGCUCCUAUCGAGCCUAUCGACAUUACGGCAAAAACUGACUGCCACUUUAUAUACUCGGUGGGCGAGAUUGAAACCAGGAACCAACUGAAGACAUCCCCCGACGGGUUUACCGGGUCGAUCUGUUUUAUGCAAGUGAAGAACUAUGCAGAAGUCUUGUCCACUCGGGACAUGGCGCAUAUCGGUACUCAUCUACUCGAAGGACUUCUGUCCGAGUCAGACUACAGUGACAUGGGCCUAAAGCCCUCUCGCUGGGUUACAGACUUUGUUUUCCCAUUGUGUCGAAAGCUAGACUUCCGCCAUGAUAACCGUGCCUGGGGAUGGCCAGUAGCGUGGAGCCAUGAUCCCGUGGAGCAAGAUGGUUGCCCCUGUCAUGUAUUCGCUGCCAUCAUGCACCACAUGCAGUGUCUUUCGCUGGCACCGAGGCCUGACGUUAAAGAACUCCUAGGAAUACCCCCUGACCGUAAGGUCGAAGGGCUAUCGCUCAACAGACAAUACGGAGCCCUUGUGAAGGACAAAAACAUCUUCAUUGGCGAGCGUCGCAUUUCGAUCGCUGUGACAGCUCUUUGCAACAGGUCAAUGGAACCGGACACGAAGAAUCUCAAGCCGAGCCUAGAAAGGUAUAACACCAUGUGUGUGGUUUCGCCUGGCAGCGAAGACUCAGAUGACCUGGGAAGGCUGCUCUCCACGAUCCGUACAAGUAGGUAUUCUGGGCUUGCGCAGUUUGAUGAAGAGCAUGUUCCGGUGGCUGCAUUUUUGAUGAUCUAUGCCUCUAUCAUUCCUUUGUGGUCCUCAUUCUGGAUUAGCUUUCUUGAUGGCAUUGAUGCUUGUUUCAACGUCGAGCCUCAGAACCUCCUCAUUCGAGGCUCUACCACCGAUCCGGCCGUUAACUCGGUUCUCGACGAGUCUUUGCUGCAAACUGAAACUCACUUUCAGAUUUUACAGCUUCUUCGAAUUGCAGCGCUUUGGGUGGGUACCGCUGCUCGCGAGCUUCACAGUGCGCGAGCCGACAUUAUGGAACCAGAUACUAACAAUCCUUUCCUGUUCAAUUUGCGCCAUCUCUGGGAUGACGUCGAGAAGAACCUGGAAGAUCACUCAAAGAAGAUCAUCUCCAGGAUCGACAGAAAGACCGAGGAGAUUAAGAGUCUGCGAGACGGUCUUUUCCACGCCACGUCUCUGGGAGAAGCAACCCGCGGGACCCAGAUCAACGAGUACAUCUUCGUCUUCACCGUCAUGACCAUCGUCUUCCUCCCGCUCAACUUCAUCGCGUCCUUGUACAGCAACAGUAUCAGCCUCUUUGAUGCUAGGGACAAUACAUAUCUGGGCAGAUUUAGUGUCAUCUUGCUCGGUGUGUCUAUGUGCACCUACAUUGUAUCUUUCUUCAUGAUCUGGGUUGUUCGGAGGGGAGGGCUGAAGAGAUUUCAUUGGAUGUGGCGCCCGAGUGUUGGGAAGCUUGACCUGAGGGACUUGAGAAUGCCAAAGCGCCGGGGAACUGGGAAUCUAGAAGCAUUUGGUGUAGCGGUUUGA